AUGAUGCCCAGACCAUGGUACAAGCCGGGGUGGUUAUUGAGAUUACCUUUUAGAGGCGGACCGUGUGAAUGUGAAGGACUUCAAUGCCGAUGCUGUACUGGUAUUCGGAUACAAGCUUUUAAUUUUGAUAGGCGAACGUGUACUAUUUUAACGUAUGAGCCAGUGGAAUCAACCGUUGAUUUGGAAGUAAGCAUGAACAAUGCCAGUGUAUUUCGCGACAGCUUUUCAACGCGCAAUCCGCCGCCACUUUGCAUACCAGUACCAGUACCAUAUUUACCACCAGGCCUAAUGGAUAUGUGUGUGAGGCUCUAUGACAUAUCAAUAGUAGACCAAAAACUACAUGUUUGCAUGGACAUGGAUACAAGAAUAGAUAAAGCACCCGUCGUAAUUCUUCAUUUUGACUGUAUGGACAUGGGUGCGGGUGGAGUCGGUCUGUCUAAACCAGGCGGCGCGCAACCCGCAGUACAAACAGAACCACAGACCACUACUGAACAAGCUCAACUAAAUGCUGACGUAUACGAUCCUGUCACGGACGAUGUAGAAACGACUUCAAAAUCCUUAUUCGGAAAUAGUAUAAAAUAUAUA